AUGCUCUUCAUCUUAAAGAAAUCUCAAGAAGCUUUCACCAAAGCGGGAAACGACGCGUUGACCGGCCUAAAGCUUUUCCGCGAUUUUCGACAAACUUUUUCAGUGUUUUCGCCAGCAUUCUUUUGGCUUGCUUAUAAGUGUGUGGAAUAUAGUGUUGGCUAUGCGGACAAAAUAACUACAGUGCCUAAUACACACUUGGGGCAUAAGGAAUGGCGACACGAAAACCAUCAUGGUGGACAGUCAAGAGUACCAAGAUUUGAAUUCAGAAUACGUCAUCAAUAA